UGGACGUCCUUGUUCUCGACGGUGAAUGGGAAGCCUCCGGAACGCCUCCAAAUCACUAAUCCAAACCGGUAGCGGGAAGCAAACUUUGAUCUUCUCCGGCAGGCUUGGGCGGCAUUUUCUUCGAUGACAUGAACGAGGAGGAUCCGGAGACCCACCUGAAGUUCGCCGAGCAGGCGCUGGACGCAGUGCCGAAAGCGUACGUCCCGCUUCUGGAGAAGAAUCGUGACAAAGAGUUCACGCAGGAUCAGAAGAACUGGCAGCUGAUGCGACGGGGCCGCUACGUGGAGUUCAACCUUGUCUAUGAUCGAGGCACCAUCUUCGGCCUCAAGAUGCUUGGCAGCGGCGUUGGCCGCAUCGAGAGCAUUCUGAUGUCUCUGCCGGAGAAUGCCAGGUGGCAGUACGCUCAUGAGCCAGAAGAAGGCAGCCCGGAGGCGGAGAUCAUGGAGGCAUUCAAGACGCCCAUGGAGUUUGCUUGAGGCUGCAACUGAGGCAGGUUUGAGGUACGCGAAGCUCAACCUGAGAGACUCUUGAAAGUUACUGGAUCGGCCCGAUUCCACUGGCCGCACACCAAUGCUGUGCUGCUGCUGGGAUCCGUUCGCUGCGAACUGCGCAUGUCUCCCUGCAGCACGGCAUUUUGGUGCGCACUCUUUGGAGCUGCUCAUUGCGUGCCGCUUUUGACAGGCGCAGGUUAAGUCAGCACGAUUGGCUGCUGAGAGGCGCC